GGGAGGGAGAACGGCGGAUAGCAGCAGCCGGGAGGCCAAAAUGUUCAUCAAACGAGAAGGUUUAGUUUGGAUUUCUUAAUGCGGCAGGAAAUCAAAACUGGUGGGAGUGGAUCUGAUGGCCUCGGUGGAGUUGCUCUACAUAGAUAAAAGAGGGGGAAGACCCGAUCCCCCUGUGGUACUGGACUGGUCUUCUAGCCCUCUUCACGUUCACAAGCUAAGCAGUUCAGUGGAACAAGCUUCACCCACUCUGAAGGCGCCUGCAUGUGAGGGACAAUGUAAUUCAGCACCAAGGACGGCUCCCCUCAGAGGACAACAUGGCCAGCACCGGCAUCAGCCUGCAGAGAAGGUCAGGGUGUGUUGUGAUGAGGAACUAGAAACCUCAUUCACGUACAUAGAUGAAAAUGUCAAUCUCCGAUUGGCUACCCCAGACACAAGUGAGAAAAGUGGUCGCCAUGUCACUUCACUACACGACUCCUCAAGCGAAAUCCAUCCCAUGGGCCUCCAGGAGUUGUCGUUGAUGUCUGACAUUGACCUCAGCUCGGAGAGUUCGGGGAAAUCUGUGGAUUAUGGAUUCAUCAGUGCAGUCACGUUCCUCAUCACUGGGAUCUCUCUGGUGAUCAUAUCAUACACAGUCCCUCGUGAUGUCAGAGUGAACCCUGAUAACGUCUCUGCACGUGAAAUGGAAAGACUCGAAAAUGAGAGUGCCAGGAUAGGUGCGCACUUGGACAGGUGUGUUAUUGCAGGCCUUUGCCUUCUCACAUUGGGCGGAGUGGUUCUGUCGACACUGCUGAUGAUUUCCAUGUGGAAGGGGGAGAUGUACAGGAGGAAAGCCUUCGCUUAUUCAAAGCACUCUGCAAAGCUAUAUGGUUCAAUUAAUUUAAGAACAAGGUCGAGCCCCAGCCACUUGUCACCGCAACAUAGUUUGGUCGAGGAGGAGAAUGGCAAUGCCAUUACUUGACUGUUUUCUCCACACAGCGUUGACAUUUCCAGCAUGGCCUAAAGAGCUUGUAUUUUGACCUUGUAUCAGUGACUGCUUACUGGCACAGAAAAACUAAAUAUCAUAUAACAGAUUUCUCAGGCUCCAGAAAUAAACAGCAUGAUAACAUUCAUAUUUGCAAUGAAUCAAGCUACUUUUUGAAUAAACUCAGCUUAAAAACUUUAGAUUGUGUGGCAGGGAAUAAACUGGAGCUGCUGGUGGUAUUCAAACCCUUACUCUCCUAGCUGAAAAUGAGACAGCUAAAGCUGAUUUAACUUAAGAAAUGCCUCCUGUUGUACAGAAUCCUGCUGCUAAUACCGACAAUCCUACUGCCUCUUUCAGAAUACUGAAAUAUUUUCACAUCCUAAUGUGAUGUAGAGUGAUCGAGGGCUACAGGCUGUGCUUUGGAGCACUCCAAUGCAUUGUUUUGUGCUACAUUGUGAAAACGCCAAUGUAUUAUUGGGAUGUUUCUGACGUUAUUUUCUCAUAUUGUCCUUGUUAGUUCAUGUGUCGAACAGGCCAUGCAGAAAUCAAAUACUUUUCCCCCUCAACUGCUAAAAUAUUUUAUAAAUAUUUAAUGGAGGAAGCUGCCAUGCGAUGAUUUGCUAUCUUUUGGAAAUUUAAAUCCAUCUCUCUGAGAGAGCGAAGCAUAAAUACUGUAUCUUCACUGACACUUUAUACUCAGCUGAAUCUAUAGGUAUGUAACAAGAUAUUGACAUAUUCAAGAAAUAAUAUCUUCUAUGCUCACGGGACUUAUAAGAAUUACAAAUACAUGUUCAGCUGUAUAGGUGCAAGCUCUGUUGAAUAAUAAUUCAUGAAUUGCAUAACUUAACACUCACU